AUGCUGUACGAGACGAUCGGUAUUGUCCGUCCGGGCUCCCUCAACGAGGUGAAAGAAAUCGUCCUCACCGCAGGCCAACUCAUCCUCCGACAAGGCGGCGUGAUCCGUGACAUCGCCAACUGGGGCGUCUUCAUGCUUCCCCGCUCCGUCUCGCGCAACCAGGUGCGCUACAACAAAGGCCACUACUUCGUGAUCCGCUAUGAUUGCUCGAUCCAGACGCACCAGGCCGUGACCAACACGCUGAAGGUCGACCCGCGGGUAAUUCGGUCCGGUGGCGUGAAGUUGGGAGAUGGCAAGCUCGAGACGUUGAGCAAGUUCGGGCAGAUUCAGUGGAAUGCCUUGGAGUAG